GGGCGGCGCUCGCCGGGGCUCGGGCGCGGGGCGGCGCUCGCUGCGCGGCUCGGCUCGGCUCGGGCUGCGGCUCCGGUGGGGGCAGCGGCGGGGAUGACAGCGGCCGCGGCGCGCGGCUGAGCGAUCGCACGGCGAGCCGGGGCCGGAGGAGGAAGUGAGCGGCGGCUGGGCUCCACUUUCCACUCGGAACCGGGAGGGACUCCCGGCGCCGGGCGCCGCGCCGGGACCCCCGUCGGCCCUGCCCUGGUGCACCUGAGCGGAACGCUCUGGCCCCACCAUACGGCUCGUCCCGGGCGCGCUCGGCCCCGGCCGUGCUGGAGUGAGCGCCCCCCGCCCCCCGGCCCCGACUGAGCGUGGAGGAGACCCGACUGCCCCCAGCCCCGGCUCCCGAGCUCUGAGCCGGCAGCUGCUCCCGGCCCGGUGCUUGGGACUUGGGACCGUGCACACGCCCGACCAGCGCCGGCCCGAGUCCAGCCGCCCUGGGAGGGACCUCCAGGUGGGCAGGACCGUCGGACUGAAUCGGACCGGGCUGGUGCUGGUAGCCGAAGCGGCCACCUUCCUGCUGCCCCAGGCGAGGGAGUCCGCGCUGACCCCCGACGGAAGACGGGCGGCCGUUCCCCAGGCCAGCGAGCACCCAGAGCCGCAGAUCUCCCAGGGAAGUGACAUCACCAGCUCCGUGGACAGGACAUCCCCAGGACCCCAGCUCAGAGCCACUGGAAUCUUCCAGGACCCGCCAGGGGCCUCCAUGGGCGCCUGAGGGCCGGGCCGGGGCGUUGGCACGAGCAUGGUGAGACACCAGCCCCUGCAGUACUACGAGCCGCAGCUGUGUCUCUCCUGCCUCACGGGCAUCUACGGCUGCCGCUGGAAACGCUACCAGCGCUCGCACGAUGACACCACCGCGUGGGAGCGCCUCUGGUUCCUGCUUCUCACCCUCACCUUCGGCCUCACGCUCACCUGGCUCUACUUCUGGUGGGAAGUCCGCAACGACUACGAUGAAUUCAACUGGUACCUCUACAUCCGCAAGGGCUACUGGAGCGACUGGUCCGUGCCCAUCCUUCUCACCACGGCCACCGCUUUCACGUACAUCGCGGGCCUCCUGGUCCUGGCGCUCUGUCACAUCGCAGUGGGGCAGCAGAUGAACCUGCACUGGCUGCACAAGAUCGGGCUGGUGGUCAUCCUGGUGGCCACGGUGGUGGCCAUGUCGGCCGUGGCCCAGCUGUGGGAGGAUGAGUGGGAGGUGCUGCUCAUCUCCCUGCAGGGCACGGCGCCUUUCCUGCACAUGGGGGCCCUGGUGGCGGUCACAGCACUCUCCUGGAUUGUGGCUGGACAGUUCGCCCGCACCGAGCGAUCCUCCUCCCAGGUGGCCAUUCUGUGCAUCUUCUUCGCCGUGGCGUUCGCCCUCUACCUGGUCCCGCUCACCAUCUCCUCCCCCUGCAUCAUGGAGAAGAAGGACCUGGGCCCCAAGCCCUCGCUCAUCGGCCACCGCGGGGCCCCUAUGCUCGCCCCUGAGCACACACUGAUGUCCUUCCGGAAGGCCCUGGAACAGAAACUGUACGGGCUCCAGGCUGACGUCACCAUCAGCCUGGACGGCGUGCCCUUCCUCAUGCACGACCCCACCCUGCGGCGAACCACCAACGUGGAGGAGGAGUUCCCGGAGCUGGCGCGCAGGCCAGCCUCCAUGUUCAACUGGACGGUCCUGCAGAGGCUCAACGCCGGGCAGUGGUUCCUCAAGACGGACCCCUUCUGGACGGCCAGCUCGCUGUCGCCCGCUGACCACAGGGAGGCUCGGAACCAGUCCAUCUGCAGCCUUGCGGAACUCCUGGAGCUGGCCAAGGGCAAUGCCACGCUGCUACUCAACCUGCGGGAACUGCCCAGGGAGCACCCCUACCGGGGCAGCUUCCUCAACAUCACCCUGGAGGCUUUGCUGCGCUCAGGUUUUCCGCAGCACCAGGUCAUGUGGCUGCCAAACACACAGAGGUCCUUUGUGCAGAAGGUGGCCCCCGGUUUCCAGCAGACUUCAGGCUCCAAGGAGGCGGCCGCCAACCUGAGGAAGGGCCACAUCCAGUGGUUGAACCUGCGCUAUACUCAGGUGUCCCGCCAGGAGCUCAGGGAUUAUGCCUCCUGGAACCUGAGUGUAAAUCUCUACACGGUCAACGCGCCAUGGCUCUUCUCCUUGCUCUGGUGCGCUGGGGUCCCGUCUGUCACCUCCGACAACUCCCACACACUGGCCCAGGUGCCUUCCCCCCUCUGGAUGCUGCCCCCGGACGAGUACUGUCUCAUGUGGGUCACCGCUGACCUUAUCUCCUUCACCCUCAUCAUUGGCAUCUUCGUGUUCCAGAACUAUCACUUGAUCAGGUGGCGCCUGGGGGGCAUCCGGAGCUACAACCCCGAGCAGAUCAUGCUGAGUGCAGCUGUGCGCCGGACCAGCCGGGACGUCAGCAUCAUGAAGGAGAAGCUCAUUUUCUCAGAGAUCAGCGAUGGCAUGGAGGUCUCCGAUGAGCUCUCCAUGGGCUCAGACAACAGUUACGACACGUAUGCCAGCAGCAGCACCGCCUCUGUGGAGCCCCGGAGGAGCGGCCGCGCCAAGCCCCUCACAGACCGGAGCGGGCCUUAGCUGAGGACCCACCUGCGCGUCUGUGCCAACGUGGAGCCCGGGCUGCGUGAGGACCGAGCACCCGGGAAGCUGCGGCAUCUCCUCACAACUCCAGCCCCCUAGGAACCGUGGCCUCUGCCGAUGGGGGCUUCCUUCUCCCUCUGGGGCCCAGAUGGGCCAGGACUCCAAUCCCUCAGGAGCCCCUGCAGGCCUGGGGCUCCUUCUGGGAAGUGCAGGGAGGGCCUGGGUCAGCUCCCUGGCAUCCUCAUCUGGGAGCUGUGACGGGUCACUGGGCCAUCCCAGGCCCCUAUUGCCAUGGAAGUGGCCCCUCUGUGCCCAUGUGUCUGUCUUCCUGUCCAUGCUGUGAGGCAGCAACUCCCCCAUUUUUAUCCUGCCUGAGGGCCUGGGCUGGGCCCCUGCCCCCGGCGCUGCUGCUCUUCACGCCAGUCUCAAAGCACAAGGAGCUGCGGCCCAGGAGGACGCUGGCUCCUGCCCCGGGAGUGGCCACAUCGCCUGGGAGUUCAGGGCCGCCCCCCGCCCCUGCCCAGAUCCAGCCCAGCUACAAGGGCCUGGAGUUCCGCGGACUGACAUGACCUCAGGUUCCACAGCCGUGUCCAUGGGUCAGGUGCCACCUGGGAAAGGUGUCCUGAGCGUGGACAAGGUGGCCUGUACUGGGGGAUCCCAAGGGCCUCGGCCAUGAUUAAAGCUGCCAUCUUGA